CUGAGGGCAAGUCGCGCCCGCCCCUGAAAUCCCAGCCGCCUAGCGAUUGGCUGCAAGGGUCCCGGCUUGGCCGCGGAUUGGUCACACCCGAGGGCUUGAAAGGUGGCUGGGAGCGCCGGACACCUCAGACGGACGGUGGCCAGGGAUCAGGCAGCGGCUCAGGCGACCCCGAGUGUGCCCCCACCCCGCCAUGGCCCGGCUGCUGCAGGCGUCCUGCCUGCUUUCCCUGCUCCUGGCCGGCUUCGUCUCGCAGAGCCGGGGACAAGAGAAGUCGAAGAUGGACUGCCAUGGUGGCAUAAGUGGCACCAUUUACGAGUACGGAGCCCUCACCAUUGAUGGGGAGGAGUACAUCCCCUUCAAGCAGUAUGCUGGCAAAUACGUCCUCUUUGUCAAUGUGGCCAGCUACUGAGGCCUGACGGGCCAGUACAUUGAACUGAAUGCACUACAGGAAGAGCUUGCACCAUUCGGUCUGGUCAUUCUGGGCUUUCCCUGCAACCAAUUUGGAAAACAGGAACCAGGAGAGAACUCAGAGAUCCUUCCUACCCUCAAGUAUGUCCGACCAGGUGGAGGCUUUGUCCCUAAUUUCCAGCUCUUUGAGAAAGGGGAUGUCAAUGGAGAGAAAGAGCAGAAAUUCUACACUUUCCUAAAGAACUCCUGUCCUCCCACCUCGGAGCUCCUGGGUACAUCUGACCGCCUCUUCUGGGAACCCAUGAAGGUUCACGACAUCCGCUGGAACUUUGAGAAGUUCCUGGUGGGGCCAGAUGGUAUACCCAUCAUGCGCUGGCACCACCGGACCACGGUCAGCAACGUCAAGAUGGACAUCCUGUCCUACAUGAGGCGGCAGGCAGCCCUGGGUGUCAAGAGGAAGUAACUGAAGGCCGUCUCGUCCCAUGUCCACCAUGUAGGGGAGGGACUUUGUUCAGGAAGAAAUCCGUGUCUCCAACCACACUAUCUACCCAUCACAGACCCCUUUCCUAUCACUCAAGGCCCCAGCCUGGCACAAAUGGAUGCAUACAGUUCUGUGUACUGCCAGACAUGUGGGUGUGGGUGCAUGUGGGUGUUGACACACAUGCCUACAGGUAUGCGUGACUGUGUGUGUGUGUGCAUGGGUAUACAGCCACAUGUCUACCUAUGUGUCUUUCUGGGAAUGUGUACCAUCUGUGUGCCUGCAGCUGUGUAGUGCUGGAGAGUGACAACCCUUUCUCUCCAGUUCUCCACUCCGUGAUAAUAGUUCACUUACACCUAAACCCAAAGGAAAAACCAGCUCUAGGUCCAAUUGUUCUGCUCUAACCGAUACCUCAACCUUGGGGCCAGCAUUUCCCACUGCCUCCAAAUAUUAGUAACUAUGACUGACGUCCCCAGAAGUUUCUGGGUCUACCACACUCCCCAACCCCCCACUCCUACUUCCUGAAGGGCCCUCCCAAGGCUACAUCCCCACCCCACAAUUCUCCCUGAGAGAGAUCAACCUCCCUGAGAUCAACCAAGGCAGAUGUGACAGCAAGGGCCACGUACCCCAUGUCAGGGGUGGCGUCUUCAUGAGGGAGGGGCCCAAAGCCCUUGUGGGCGGACCUCCCCUGAGCCUGUCUGAGGGGCCAGCCCUUAGUGCAUUCAGGCUAAGGCCCCUGGGCAGGGAUGCCACCCCUGCUCCUUCGGAGGACGUGCCCUCACCCCUCACUGGUCCACUGGCUUGAGACUCACCCCGUCUGCCCAGUAAAAGCCUUUCUGCAGCAGCUGA